AUGGAUAAGUGGCUAAAUAGAGCAACAGACAAUAAAUCUACGUCUGAAAACUGUUCAGUAAGUUCUGCUUCAAAGUUGGAAAGCGCAAGUCAAGAUGUGAAUAAUCCUUUGAAAAUAAGAAAAUGUUUAAGGAAAUAUGAUCCUGAGUACAUUAAUAUUGGAUUCACGGUCAUAGACGUAAGCAAUGAGCCUCGGCCUCAAUGUGUUAUCUGUUUUGAAAUUCUUUCUAACCAAAGUAUGAAACCGUCCUUAUUAAAACGUCACCUUUCUACAAAACAUUCUACGUUAGAAAACAAACCAAAUGACUAUUUCGUUCGAAAAUUGUCAGAGAUGAUAAGCACAAAAAAAAUUAUAUCAUAUUUUAGCGGUAGUACUGAAAAAGCAGUGGAAGCAUCUUUCUUAGCGAACUUAAGAAUAGCGAAGUGUGGAAAACCUCAUACCAUCGGCGAAGAACUGAUUUUACCGGCGGCAAAAGAUAUGGUAACUUGUAUGUUAGGUGUUCCGUCAGCUAAAAAACUUGAUAUGAUAUCACUGUCAAAUGAUACAGUUCGCCGCAGGAUUGAAAGUAUGGCAUUAAACGUUAAAGAAAAAUUAAUUGAUCAAGUGAAAAAUAGUGAUUUUUUUUCCAUACAACUUGAUGAAAGUACAGAUGUAUCAAACUAUGCUCAACUUAUGGUUUACGUGUGGUAUGUAUUUCAAACUGUAAUUAAAGAGGAUUUUUUAUUUUGUGAAGCACUAUCAACACGAACUACCGCUGACGAAAUAUUUAAAAAGUUGAACCCCUUUUUUGUUGAAAAUGGAUUAAACUGGUAA